UGCGUAACCAUCCAGUUCUGUAAGGUGCAAAACAUGGCUGGGUUUUCCGUCGCGCGAAAGCUGAUUCCCGCAAGAAUACCUUUUAUCUUGUGCCGUCGAGUGUCUUCUUUCUUCACAGAGGACUACACUCCACCUCAGCUUGAUCAUGUCACACCCGAUUGGGACAAACUUUAUCGGCAGAGUAUUAAAGAUCCUGAAACUUUCUGGGGACGGCUUGGUGCGACGGGAUUGGAUUGGAUGAAACCCUUCGACUCAGUAAUGGACGUAGAUUUGCAAAAGGGACAGCACAAGUGGUUUUUAGGUGGUAAACUCAAUGUUACAGUAAACUGUGUUGACAGACACAUGAAAGUAGAUCCUGAUCGCUGUGCCUUGAUAUGGGAGAAGGACGAACCAGGGGAUGUGGAAAGGAUCACCUAUAGAGAGUUGUAUGAAAUGGUCAAUAAGAUGGCUAAUGUUUUCAAGAGCCAUGGAAUCAAAAAAGGAGAUGUAGUCUGUAUCUACAUGCCUGUCAGUCCAUUAGCUGUAGCUGCCAUGUUGGCUUGUACAAGAAUUGGUGCCCCUCACAGUGUUGUAUUUGCUGGGUUCAGCUCAGAAGCUUUGGCCAGUAGAAUAAAUGAUGCAAAGGCUGAAACAGUCGUCACAGCAGAUCAAGUGGUACGAGGUGGAAAAGUCGGUGAUCUAAAACACAUGGUUGACAAGGCUGUGGCUGCCAGCCCAUGUGUUAAGAGAGUGUUUGUUGCCAGCCGUACUGGAGCAAAUGUUCCAAUGGGAAAACUUGACAUUCCUCUUGAGAAGGAAAUGAGUAAGCAGUCAACAGAGUGUGAACCUGAGCAAAUGGAGAGUGAAGACAUUUUGUUUCUUUUGUACACAUCUGGCAGCACAGGACAACCCAAGGGCGUGGUCCACACACAGGCUGGGUACCUUCUUUAUGCUAAAUUAACACACAAGUAUGUGUUCGACUACCACCCUGGAGACAUCUUUGGGUGUGUGGCUGAUAUAGGCUGGAUCACAGGCCACACAUAUGUUGUAUAUGGCCCUUUAUGUAAUGGGGCCACCACGGUUCUGUUUGAGAGCACCCCUACUUAUCCAGACCCGGGACGUUAUUGGGAAAUGGUAGAGAGACUGCGAGUAAAUCAAUUUUAUGGCGCACCAACUGCAAUAAGAUUGUUGCUGAAAUCAAGCAAUUCUUAUGUCACAAAGUAUGACAGGUCGUCUUUGAAACUCCUAGGAACAGUUGGUGAACCAAUCAAUGCUGAGGCCUGGCACUGGUACCACGAGGUUGUUGGGGAGAAGCGAUGCGCUAUCGUGGACACCUGGUGGCAGACAGAGACUGGUGGUAUUCUUCUAUCUCCUAGACCUGCACCGAAUGAUUCACCCCUUAAACCAGAAUUUCCCGCCAGACCCUUCUUUGGAGUAGAACCUGUAUUACUGGAUGACAAGGGUCGAGAGCUCAUCGGAAAUGACGUCAAAGGCGCCUUGUGUAUACGCACGUCCAUUCCCAGUAUGUCUCGUACUAUAUAUGGCCAUCAUCAGCGGUUUCUAGACACCUAUUACAAUCCUUUCAAAGGAUUUUACUUUACCGGUGACGGUGCGUUACGAGACAAGGACGGAGACUACAGAAUCACGGGAAGGAUGGAUGACGUCAUCAACGUCAGUGGCAAACGCCUGGGAACGGCAGAAAUCGAAGACGCCAUGGAUUAUCACAAAUCAGUGGCUGAAACUGCUGUUGUCGGAUUUCCGCAUCCUGUGAAAGGAGAAGGUAUCUAUGCGUAUGCUACACUCAAGGACGACGCUACCAUAUCUGCGGAAGAUCUAAGAACAGAACUUAAGGCCAUCGUGCGAGAGAAGAUAGGUUCCUUUGCAGUUCCAGAAGUCAUUCAGGUCGUGUCUGGUCUCCCAAAGACCCGCUCAGGAAAGAUAAUGCGCCGUAUUUUGAGGAAGGUAGCUCAGAACAAACCUGAUGAACUGGGUGACGUGUCUACCUUAGCGGAUCCAUCAGUUGUGGAGGAAAUUGUUCGGCAACACACCAAGCAUAUGCAGGAGGUUCGAGCGAAACACGAGUAAGGUAUACCACUCACUCGUGAGAAAAGGGAUGAAUAUGGCGAAGGCUUCUUUAACCAUGAUCAUAUGACUCUUAGGAUUGAUCAGUUUGUUACCAUGGAACUGUUAGACAAAAAAAUUUAUUGUCGUGCAUAAGAGGGGAGAGCUGUGAACUGAUUGAUCUUGGUAAUGAAAAGUUAGAAGUAAGCCGUAGUUUUUUUUAAGAUUUGACUAUUUUUUUGAAAAACAUGGCUUUGCUUAAUUCUUGAAGGAAGUUACACUCCUUUGAGUUGCAUUCUGGGAAAGAACAAUUACCUUCCAGUAGAGGAAUAGCGUAACCAAUCGUUUCUCAUUGAAAAUAUCACCAAAAUAUGUCUAACUCCCACGAUCUGAUUCAUUUGAUAAUUCUCCCUUCGAGCUGUUACAUAUUUCCCUGUAAGUUAGUUACGAGAAUUUGGUGUUAGAUCAAGAUAACAACCUAUAGUUAAUAAGUUUAAGUAUUCUCGUUAACUCCUUGCUGGAAAAUGUAUGGAUAUUACAAGGAGAAGUUGCAUGUUUAUCACUUCGGGGAGUUAAGGGUUAACGAUUAACAAUGGGAGGAAUAAUCAUCAUUUUUUAUUCCUUUCAGUGCAACAUCAGUAUAUUGUUAAAAAAUGAAAUAUUAGAAUCCGUGAUUAGAAGAUAUUGUAGAGAAUACAAAAAAAGAGUAAUACUAAUACUUUGGGAAGGGUAUAGUCAAUUCUCUUCGAAUUCGGAAAACCUUUGCAACCAACACGAGAGGAGUGUAAUGAUUAAGAGAGAGUGGACUAUUUUUAGGCUUCUAUUUCUUGAACGCCAUUCACUGUCAGUCAACAGUGAAGUUUGCUGGCAUUACACCACACCAAGCUUCCUUAAUGAAUUCUUUUGCCUUUGCUCCAAUCAGCUUUUUUCUGUGAACAUAAUUUGCUCAAGGUAGGCGCCUUUAGGAAAUCAAAAAUAAACUUGAAAUUGAGAAAAUUUACCCUCCCGUACAUUAAGAACUACAAUUUCAUUGCAAAUGUGAAUAGCAAAAUUCGUCUCCUACUUCGAACUUUUCUUCGUAAGACUGGCUGAAAGGGUGGCAGUAAACUAUCACUACCUCAUCCUUGCCGUUCGUGUUAGCGUAGCUCUAACUCCUCAUUUGGUCAUAAUCCAUGGGAGUUUUCUCCUAUUUGUAUUUGGUUUUUUCACUCAUCUAAAAUAUAGUAUAAAUAGAGACGGUGCAAUUUUAUAAAAUGUAGAACCAGUUGUAUUUCUACCGUGAAACACUUUUCUCUUUUGGAAUGAGUGCUUCUGUAGUUGGGUUACAUCAAAUAAUAUAAUAUAUUUUUGUGCAAAUUGAACUUAGUAAACAAAAUGAAAGUACGAUGAAAUCAA